GAGAAGGGCGGGCAGCCGCAGCCGAGCAGCAGCUACCCCUGCCCCACCGCUCUGCCAUGGAGGCACAGGGCAACCCCACGGUGGACAAUGACGCAUCCGGCAGUCCACGCGAGGUGUGCAGCGUGAACCCCCUGGUCCCACAGGUCCAGCAGGUGGUUCCCACUGCGACACCCGCGGGAGCCCUCGACGCUGCGCCAGUCCGGCAACAGGGUGAGACAAUGACAACCUUUAUGGCCCGCCUGUCCACCUAUAUGCAGCAAGUACAAGAGGAACAGCGACGCGAGGCGGCAGCAGAAGCCGCACGCCUCAACACCAUUGCACGCGAUGCGGAGCAACGGCGCUGGCAGCACGCUGAAGCAGCUGCCAACCAUAAUAAAGCUCGACGAGAUGCCGCAUCCGUCCUCAUGCAGCAGGAAUUGCUGAUACCACCGUGCUCCAAGAAUGGAACUUUGAUUCGACAGAGACGCAUACGGACCAAGUCAGCCCUCGCCAACAUCAUGCACCAAGUCAUCCUCACUUGCAACUGGCAACAAGUGGAGUUGGCUCGGCAGGCACGUAUCAUUUCCAAUUACAAGGAGAAUCUCAGGAGUCUCCAUGCCCGUCUUGAGGAACUGGAGAAGGUGGACGUCCUGCACAGACACAUGGCAUCCUCAAGCAUCGAUCCAUCGAUCUGCAAGCUGGAGGAACGAAUGGAUCACCUGGUAGCACUUGUCGGCAAUUUGAACAGCUUCCAGCGGCCAGCGACCAUCAGCCAACAAAUGGCCGCAGUAGAAGCUGACCCGCGCCAGCUGCAGCAGCAACCACCCGGGACCUGCAACAGCAUGCUGCCCAGACUGUACAAGAUGUCGAAGUUCAGCAUCGACAAGUUCGAUGACGACCACAAGGCGGACCCCGUGACUUGGUGGCAGGGCUUCACCAACGAGCUCUCCAUUCACUUAGUCCCGCCAGAAUCGAAGAUCUCAGCUCUUUACCUUUGCAGCACCAGUGCCAGCCAAGUGUGGCUUAACCACCUGGCACAAACCGAAGACGUCGAGGUAGCAAAACUCUACACCAAGUUCACUUGGGAGGCCAUGACCGAGAAAUGGAGGAAGCGGUUCAUCGUCGACGACGCUCAAGACAAAGGCGCAAACCGGAUCUUCACCAUGCACCAAGGCAGCCAGCCAACACGCGAAUGGCUAACCGAGUGGCAGAAAAUUGUGACGAUCCGGAAUCUAGAUAUUCCAUUCGUGCAUCUCCGUCGAGAAUUCUUCGAGCAGUCGGUUGAGGCAUUGAGCACGGCCUUUGGUGAGCGCAGCUUGUACAUGGACUUCAACCAGAUCGUGGACAAGGCAUGCAAAGUAAUCCAAUCCAAUCAGUGGGCCGCCAACGAGCAGCGAACCCAACCAGAUUUUGUGGAGAAGGGCAAAGGCCCGCGGACGCAGCCAGUCGUUGUUGUCCAGUUUGAUGGACAAGAGAAUGACCAGGCGCUGACUCACGAGUCUAGUGAAGGAGAUGGAGUCAACGCCCUUCCGCCACGACGCGACAACAAGAAGAAAAAGGCGUUGACUCACGAGUCUAGUGAAUCCGAGCAUAGUCAUAGAGGCUACGUGCGAUGGCCGCACUCGCACAUCGUUUUCCCGUGCGAGUCCUCGCCUGUGCCUGAGGCGGCCGCGCAAAAACUCGGUCGCGCGGCCUCGAGCGCGGGCCCGCGGUUGGCCUCGUCGUCCGCCGCCGAGGCUGCAAGAUCCGUGGCCUGGGGUGUCAGGUAGCACCCCGAGUUUGAAGUGUUUGGAGCAUAGCCCUAUUUUCUGAAUACGUUUUAUCACUCUGAGCCCACGUGAUCUUAUCAGCACUCCUUAACGUGAUAAAUUGACUCCUACUUACUAAGUAAAAUGAGUACCCGAAA